AAGGGGCCGGCCUGCGGGGAGGGCGGAGGUUGAGGGGGACUGGCUCUGUUUCAGUGUUGGGGGAAGGGAGGGCUGGACUUGCGAUGAAGGGCCGAGACCCGAGUGUCCGGGGUGAAUGGAGGUGGAGGCGGCGUUCGGCUCUAGCGGGCAGGGCCGGGAGGGUGGCACCGGCGAGGAGAGGGAGGGAGCGAGCGAGCGGGGAUUCCAAAGGAUUUCCAAAGGCCUGAGCGGUGCGGGCGGCUCCGUGAGAAAGGCGGAUUUUCAGCUGAACUCUCAUCUCUCAACACUGGCAAAUAUUCAUAAGAUCUACCACACCCUUAAUAAGCUGAACCUAACAGAAGACAUUGGCCAAGACGAUCACCAAACAGGAAGUCUGCGGUCUUGCAGUUCUUCAGACUGCUUUAAUAAAGUGAUGCCACCAAGGAAAAAGAGAAGACCUGCCUCUGGAGAUGAUUUAUCUGCCAAGAAAAGUAGACAUGAUAGCAUGUAUAGAAAAUAUGAUUCAACUAGAAUAAAGACUGAAGAAGAAGCCUUUUCAAGUAAAAGGUGCUUAGAAUGGUUCUAUGAAUAUGCAGGAACUGAUGAUGUUGUAGGCCCUGAAGGCAUGGAGAAAUUUUGUGAAGACAUUGGUGUUGAACCAGAAAACGUAGUUAUGCUUGUCCUAGCUUGGAAAUUGGAUGCACAAAACAUGGGUUAUUUUACUCUGCAGGAGUGGUUGAAAGGAAUGACUUCUCUCCAAUGUGAUACAACAGAAAAACUCAGAAAUACUUUGGAUUACUUAAGAUCAUUCUUAAAUGAUUCUACAAACUUUAAACUUAUUUACAGAUAUGCGUUUGACUUUGCACGGCAAUCAAAAUACAAAGUUAUUAAUAAAGACCAGUGGUGCAAUGUCCUAGAGUUUAGCAGAACGAUUAAUCUUGACCUCAGCAACUAUGAUGAAGAUGGAGCAUGGCCAGUUUUGUUGGACGAGUUUGUGGAAUGGUAUAAAGACAAACAGAUGUCCUAGGACUUUAUGCAUAGCAGCGAGAGAGUCACUGUUACCACAGUUAUGUCACCCAUUAGCCAUAAAUUGCUGUUUGUAUUAAAGCGCAUGCUGCUUUUCUUGCACUGUUUCCCUUUCGCAGGAACAUGUUGGUGUUUGCUAUUGAAUUGGCCAGCUCUGCUUGCUGUGUGGCAUUGUUCUCUUCGAAGGCUGCUUUGCAGUUUGUAUUUACACUACAGAUUGGUGAAUUUGCCAAUGUCCUCACUGUGAUUAUGUGUAUAUUGCUGUUUAAAUUUUGUAUAUGUGUAUAAAAGGAAAAACCUUCACCUAGAGAUUAUUUCUGAAAAAUGUAUUGUAAAAAUAAUUUUGUGGCAUUUCUAGUCCCUUUUUUGAAUGAACCAAUUAUACUUUAUUUGGUCUCCUAUGUAGCAUAUCAGAAAACACGACAAAACUGUUACCAUGAACAAACAUUGCCAGAAUUAACCUUACUAUUUAAGAGGCCAACUUCUGGAAGGAGGUAAGAGUCAUAACUUUUCAGAGGCAUAUGCCAAAUAUCAUUUGGUAUAUUUAACAAUAUUAGUGUUCUAAAAUGACGAAAGUUAUAAUUAUUUGAACAUAUAGAUAUGUAACAUGCCACAAAUUAUUUCCACCACACGAGGUAUAUAAGUUGUUUAUUUUUUAGUGUUAAAACUAUAGUAGCUUGAAUGUAGGUACCAAUGAACAAACUCAAAUUGCACCUCUUUUCUUAAAAGAAUGGGAUUUAAACUCUUGUAAACAUUCUUUAACUUUUUUGUUCGUUUGUUUUCUUUUUUUCCUUUUGCAUUCUUCUAGCCAGUGAUUGAUCUGCUAAUGCUUUCUUUGCCACUCUAAGUAAAAUUUAUUUUGCCUCCUCAAGGAAAACCUCAUGGUUUUGCUGGCUAUUUAUAACUGCAUCACACUUCUAGUUGUGGCUUGAAUUUUCAAUUAAGCUUUCAUGGUGUGUAAUUUUCCAGCCUUUUGAGAAAACAAGCAUACUAUAAGUGAGAGCUGUUUUGUUUUCUGUUUUGUUUUCCUUGUUCGUUUGUUUCAUGCUAGGCUUUUCCUGGCAGCAUGUCCAUUGCAGGCAGUGGACAAGAAACCACCAGCAUUGAGCUAACCCAGUACAUGCUAGGACCUGUCCUAGAGGGGCCACUUUUCAUUACCUGAGUUAUUUGUACAGAAGGGUGAUGGCCAUUAUUUUUGUGGAUGAGGAAACAAGAAUAACCAGAAUGGUAUUUUUAGGUUUGUAUUUUAUGUCUUUUUUUUUUUUUUUUUUUUUGCCAUUCUUGAGGAAAUAUAGAGAUGACGUUUUCACCCCAACUAUCUGGUGCUAUUGAAUGACUAAUUCAGUCCCUAAAGUUCUGUGAAAACACAAAAGUCUAAUGAUUUGAGUGAGUGGUGCAUUUGAAGAAGUAAAUGCUGUCGUCAGCAAGAUCCGUGAUUUAAGCAUGUGAUGAUUGGAAAAGGUUUGGGUUAUUUGGAAGUCUGGCUAAAAAUUCUUUUGGGUGACAUGUGAUCCUUUAAAUGGCAUUAAGUGAAUAAAGCACACAGACAAUGCUACUCUUGACCACUAUUUUACCAUUUAUUUGCAAACAGUGUUCACAUUUUCAUAUUUUUUCCCUAACUAACCCACCAAAGAAAGAAAUUUUGUAUGUAUAUACAGUGCGUGUGUGUAUACAAAAUCAUGAUAUAGUAGAAUGCAACGACUUUCUUUUUCUACCAAACGAAAGGUUUUAUUUGCUGUGAAAUAAACCAGAAGUUUAAAAAACCCUGUAGUGAUUAAGCAUACGUAACCACUCCUUGUUUGCAGAUUCACUUUCAACCUUAAAAAUUAAUACCAGUUUGCAUAAACCAAUAUCUGAAAAGAAUAGAACAUGUUGAUGGCAAGCAACAGCUAUUAAAACUGAUGUGAUGGAUGCAUUUGUUUUGCAGUGGUGGCUGGCGUAGGCAGAUUUGGAUCUGUGAAUUGAUUCAUUUUCAAAAUCAUUCCAUAAAGUUAAAAAAUACACUUUAAAGGCAACAGGUCAUACAGUUCUUUAAAUAUGAUCAACUGUAGCUUUAUUUAAAGCAAAUGUAAAUCAUAGAUGGAGUUAUUUUAAACAUUAUGCUAGAAUAUAGAUUUUUUUUAAAAUGCUAAUAAGCACAGUUAAUUCUAAAAUGAGAGGAUUGUUACAGGAGGGAGAUGUUACAGUUACUCCACAAUCAACAUGUUGAUGGUAGGGAAAAAACUGUGUAAAAACUAUUGCAUUAUGUAUGAUAAGAAAGUAAGUAUUCCAAAGGGAUAAUCUUGCAUAUUAAGAAAGCUCCAAAUAAUCUUUAAAUUGCCUUGAAAAAUAAACCUCUGUGACCGCUGAGUGGCAGAGUGCUUACCCUUGGUUUUCUUGAUUUUAUAUAGUUAUUUCUAAGGGGAGAAAAAGGGGUCAGAGUAAUACAUUUUCUUAAAAACCUCUCUUAAGUUGCACAAAAUUGAACAAUCAUCAAUAACUUAUUUACUGGCUACUGUUGAAUAAAUUAGGGUGCCUUCAUCUGGGUUUUCUUUAGUACCUAAGUCUACAAACCUUUCUCUUUUUCUAUUGUGUUUUGAACUCCACAUUGCAAUACUCUGUUGUCAUGGAAUACAACCUUUAGAUGUUUGCUGCUGAAGUAGGUCAGAAAUUUUAUUACUUGAUUUGCCCCAAACAUCCACUGUAAUGUUACAUGCACCUUUUUUGAAGCAUGAACUCUGAAUUACGUUUUUAUAAAUCUGACUAGACAAACCUAGAUUCUGGUUUCACAAUAGAUUUAUUUUGUCUCUCACUCUCCAUUUUAACAGUGCUUUUGAAGUUUAUACAGAAAGCUUUAAAAGUCAGUUUGUGUCCUUAGUUUUUAUUAUUACAACUGCUAAAAUACCUCUGUAAGCCUUAUCCUUUAUUCCUUCAUAUGUUGUAUAAUAAAUGUAUACAUUUCGUUGACCAACUAAAAUGUUGGGUGUCUGUAAAUGAGACCAAAACGUGGGUUGCUUUUUUCAUAAAAUAAUUUCUAUUGGGGGUUACUGUUCAAUGGCAGCAGGUAACCUAUAACUGUGAAUGCUUCAUGUCGUCAGUAUUUGCGUUACAUUCAUAAAAGUGUGCAAGUCCUGUGACUCCCAGCUUAUGCCACCUAACUUGAGUAAAGCAAACUGGUUUUAGGUUUCAAUGAAAUUGAUGUAAAAUGAUAUCCCAUAAAUAAAAAGUAUUUGUGUUUGGUUUCAGAACAGAUGUGUAAAUUUUUUCUUCUCUUCUGGCUUUCUCUUCAAAAACCAUUUAAGGUAGUCUUUAAAGCAUUUUUCAUCCUUUUUUGUUUGUUUUUUCCAAUUUUCUAUUGAAAAUUUCCAAAGCUACAAUAAUAUAAUGAACAUCUGUGUACCUGUGACUUAGAUUUUUCAGUUGUUAACAUUUUACCGUAUUUCCUGCCUUACUCUUGUGCUAUACAUGUGUGUGUACUUCUCACUUUCUGUAAAUAGAUUCUGAGAAUAAAUUACAUUAUGGCACUUCACACCUGAUAUUUUGGAAUAAGGGCAUUCUCCUAUGAUGCAUGAUACAAUGGUACAAUGAUCACGCUCAAGAAUUUUAAUGGUGGUACAAUACUAUAAUAAACUGUGCAGAUUUAAAUAUCCCCAUUUGUACCAGUCAUGGUCUUGAUAGCUGUUAUCUUUUUAAUCCAGGGAUAAGCAUUGUAUUUAGUUGUUACACCUCUUUAGUCUCUUCCAAUCUAGAAACAGUAUUUUAAAUGUUUUGAUUAAAGAUAGUGCAGUCACUCCUCAGCCAAAUCGUGAUUUUUUAAAAACCCACCGUGUUUUGUAUAUUUUUACACAUUGAGCUAAGAAGAAUUAAGCACAUACUGUGGGCCACAAGCCAGGCAGGAAUGACCACUUUUACUGCCCUCAAGGCUGCCACCCAAUUGAUCUGUAUGUGUGUAUUAGCCCUGGCUACCCCUUUCUAAAAUUGUCUUACACUAUACUAGAAUGUAAGCUUUCUGAGAGAGGACCUCUGGCCAUGUAGUGGAUGGCCAGAAAAUGGAAAGAAGCAGAUAACAGAAUUUCCUCUCUGGGCAAAGAAUUGUCAGGACCUAAGAAACAUGUAAAGAUUAGAAAAUCCAAGAAUAAAUCGAGGAUGAUUUUUAUUUUUAUAAGCUUGAAAGCAAGAGAGAGGAAGUAGAAAAUAAGAUUCCUUAGAAUCCAGGUGCACACUGUUAAAAUUGUCAAUGUGGAUGAUUCUUUAAACCAUAAUUUGGGCCAAAAGCUGAGCAUCACGCCAAGAAAAUACCUCUGCUUCUAGACAUCAAGAGAGGUGGAGAUAAAGGAAAAAGCUUAAUGCCAAAUUGAUAGCAGUGAGAGGCAACAAACCUUAGGACAGGGAAUUCUUAACUUGUGGCAGAGCAAACAGAAACUCAUGAGACAUGUUAUCCAGUAAUAGAAAAUAGGAACAUGAGAUUUAUUCCACUGGACAGUACUAGGAUUCUAUAUGUAUAUUCAUGGGAAUUGAAAUAAAGUUCUCCGGUGUAAUUGGAACAAGAUAGACUGAGGAGAGAGUAAACCACGAAUGCUGGCUCAAGACAAAAAACCCAGCAGAGAUGAAUUGCAGACAUACCCAUGACGGAAAAACUUACACAAGAUCACUCUAAAGGAAAGACAUUGUUAAGCCCUUUGAAAUGAUGGGGUGGAGAGGAAAGUGAACUGAAAAAAUGAAAAACACCCACAGGAAGAAAUCGAAGACGAUUGGGUCAACCCCAGGGCUACCGAAGUGAGGAAGAAAGUUGGCUGUUUCCAGACAGUGACUUUCUUAAUUUGUUGAGCAUACAUGUCCUUCACAGGACAUGCUUUUUCUAUGGUCGCUGGUUGCAUCAAAUAGAAAUGAGUUAUUGGAAUGUUACCUCCAAAUCCUUACAUGAAGAGUAAGCAAAAGAUGAAAGCUUUUGAUUCCUUUACAAAAUAAUUGCUUUUGGGACUUUACUAUAGCUAGAAAAAAAAAAACCUAUCACGCGAGGAAGUAACACAUCAAGCUUUCUGGCCCGGUAAGGCAGAAGGUAAUUCAAAAUCGGCAUGUUCACCACUUUUGGCACGUUCAGCAGAAAAAUGUUUAGCUUUUUCUCUGCCAGAAUUUGUUCCUAGCAUUUAUUUCCAGUUGCCUUAACAAAAAAUAAAAUCAUCCCAUGUAUAUAAGUACUUGCUUAGAAAUCAUGGUGAAUUAGUCCGUAGGCUAUGCUGAGAAUAAUAAUUGGAAACUGAAAAACAGAUUGACUAUAGUAAUUAAAUGGAAACUUUAAAAACCAUCAUUUAAAAUGUGAAUCUCUUCUCCAAUAAGUGUAUUCGGUCCUUUGAAAGAAAUUCCUUUGCAAUCACUCUCUGAAGAAUAUAGAUUGUAAAGAAUCCUGGCUGUGAGAAAGGAAGCUGAAAAGGGUUUGUUUUUCCCUCUGACACUUUGCAGCAGAGACAUCUCAGAAUUGCCUAAGUGUGAAUAUCUAAAAUUACAAACUAGUGUUCUCUAGAAAUCUUAGGAUACAUGUGUGAUGGUAUAGAAAGCUACAGCUGUACUCAUUACCAGUGAAAUAACUCAUGAAAAAGUUUUGGGCCAACUUUCAAUAGCAUGUUGAAAGUCAUUGCAUUUUCUUUGUCUCUACUUGCUUAUUGUUCAUUUUAGCUUCAUUACCUGUAGUGACUUCUAUGUAUCCCAUUGUAAGAGUAGGGCCUGGACAAGGUUUGUAAUCCUAUCACAUUUCCAAAAUUAUUGAAUAAAGUAAUAGAUGCCUUCUAGCAA